GAAUUUUGUGACAAAGAGAAAUCAGCUGGCCAGGAGAGCACACGAUGCGCUGAGUGAUUGCGUUGUUGUUUGACUUAACGUUUCUCUGUCUAUUUGAGCUCAUUUCUUAAACAGCCAAAUCUUAUCAAGUACCGUGUACACGUUUCCAAAUUUUGAUAUGUUGAAUUGAUAAACUAAAGUACUCGAGUGUGUAGUUUCGGAGCACCACCGAUUCGCGUUGUUACUUUCGUUGUCGGGUGUUUUGUAUUCGCCAGGAAAACAAAAGUCGUCAGGAAUGGGCAAUUGCCUUCAAGGUUGUUGCGGUUGUUGUCAAUUCUCUAGUCUGACCUCGUCCACUGAUGGGGUUUCCCUGCUUAGGGGUAAUGAAACACCACCACCAUCGCUAGAGUCUCAGUCUUCAUCAGACUUGCAGCUGCAUGCUUCUUCAUCCUCAGGAAUGGCUUUUGGGCCUCCACCUCCAUACGAGGAAUCCAUGCCCAUGUAUCACCCAACUCCCAACGUGUCAAGACCAGCUUCACAGCUCACCGAAGAAGAGCAAGUGAAGAUAGCCAAACGUAUUGGUCUCAUCCAACACCUACCCACAGGAACUUAUGACGGGUGCAAGAAAAACAGAGAAUGUGUGAUAUGCAUGGUGGAGUUCAUGGUGGGCGAUUCCGUUCGAUACCUCCCAUGCAUGCACACGUAUCAUGUCGAGUGCAUCGACGAUUGGCUAAUGAGAAGUUUUACAUGCCCGUCAUGCAUGGAACCGGUCGAGUCGGCCCUCCUCUCGACCUACGAAGCCAACUAACUACUACAUGCAAAAGACAAAGGCGUCAUCACCUCAUCAGUCCUGCUCUCUCUCUCUAUAGAAUGAGCUUCAUCCGAACUGAGAAUUUCAUAUUCGAAAAGCCGGAAAUAACGCGUCAUCGCAAAGUGAUAACUGGAUUCUUUAUUUUGGUUCCUUUUCGAAAGUAUUAAGACUGCGGUCGAAGAGGAGACUUUUUUGAGUUACGUUGUCCCUAUGUUUAAAAAAGAGAGAGAAGGAGAAGAAGAGAUUCCCGUGUGAUAAAGUUUCGGUGAAUUCGGUCGCACCAGAUAGAAGAAGAAACUCUUCCUGGCUUCUGUUUUUACGCCUAGAGUUCGUACCUUUAAAUAUGAUAUACAAAGCCACUUUGUACUUUUUUUUUUCCUCUCUCUUUAGAUUUUUCUAUCUUUCAUUGCGCUAUAGGAGGAACGUUUUGUACCGCGAUUAUUAGUUUUUUUUUUCUUUAUCGGCUCUCCUUUUUGUUUCGUUUUUCCUCGCCACUAGUCUCUCAAUUUCACACUGUUGGAGCGUUCAAACUCGUUUCGUUGCUUAUUUUUCCUUCUUUAAAUUUUUUUUCGUUUGAUUAGAGCUCGUAGAUUCACGUGGGAUUCAGGUCCUUCCGUUCUUUUGGGUUACAGUAACUUCUAAAUCUGAAAAGGUGGUUUUUGUUGCUCUGUUUAUUCUCUUCUUUUCCUGUUCAUCCACAACUGCCUUUGGCGCAUUAGCGCGCAAACAUAUUAAGGCAUUCCUUUGCGUUAUUCACUUUUGCAGAAACGUUUCUGAUAUUUACGCGGUAUAAUAUGUUAUCUUACGUGUGGUACGUCGGUGUAGUAUGGUUUAUUAUUAGUUUUAACAACUUAAUCAUCUCUAGCAGGGAGGGGAGCCUAUUUUGUGUCGUUUAAUUUCCUUCUUUAUUAUUUUCAUCAUUUAGUGAACAGGAAAAUCUUCUUUUUACUUCGAUGAUGAUGAAUCAUAAUGUUCAAUGAACAUAUACGAGUGCUAUUCUGCUGGUGAGUGUCGUUCGUGUAAUAACUUUUUUUUUCGUAACGGCGAAAUGCUAGUCCAUCCCCAUGUGUAUGAAAUAUUAUUGUAGCGCGAUCGGGCGGCUUGGUUUCGAAAUCAUUACAUGUAAUCGGAUCAUUGA